UGUUUUAGCCAUGAAGAACAGAACCAGCAUGAGAGCAUAUUCAUACAGUCAACGGCCAUCAAAUAAGACAGGAAUAAGAGAUUAAGCCUGAGGAAAGGAGUGUGAAGCAGCAUGCAGUCGGACAAACCAUUUCAAUGUUCAACUUGAGAGCAAAAUACGACAUUAAGAGUUAUGAACUUCACAUUUGUUUGUUGCAGUCAGAGCAGCAUUUAUUGAGUCAAUUGUUGACACAGAUUGGUGUUUACAGGGUUAAGUGCUACACAAAUGCAGAAUGUAAAGUGUGUCCUCGUUGGCGACGCGGCUGUAGAAAAAACUGCAUUAUUAUUCAGCUACACCACCGGUAAAUGUCAGGAUGGUUAUGUCCCCACUGUGUUUGAUAAAUUGUCUGUCGAUUUGGUGGUUGAUGGGAAUCCAGUGGCUCUGGGACUGUGGGAUACAGCAGGACAGGAGGAUUAUACCAUACUUCGUCCACUUUCCUACCCUAAUACGGAUGUGUUUUUGGUCUGUUUUUCUUGUGUGGGUCCGCAGUCAUUUGAGAAUGUCAGUGAAAAGUGGCUUCCAGAGGUCAGACAUCAUUGCCCAAACACUCCGAUAGUUCUAGUCGGGACUAAACUUGAUCUGAAAAAUGACAAGGAGACCAUUGAACAUCUGAAAGAGAAGAAACAAACCCCCAUCUCUUUCCACCGAGGCCUGGCUAAAGCAGAAGAAAUAGGAGCUGUGAAGUAUCUGGAAUGCUCAGCGAAGACACUGAAGGGUGUUAAAACAGUGUUUGAUGAAGCCAUCCGUGCAGUUCUAAACCCGCAAGAGGAGAAUAUAAGAAAGAGAAAGUGUUUAAUCUCCUGAACUGACUGAAUACAAACAUAAUAAAGCGUAUUAAUUAAAUCACAAAGUAAGUGAUUAGCUGAUGCUACAACCCCAAAUCAGAAAAAGUUGGGACAGUAUGGCAAACACUAAUGAUAAAAAGAAAGUAGUGAUUGCUAAAUCACAACACAGCCGCAGCCAGGACUUUUCAAUGGUGUAGAGAAUGUGGUUUUGCAUUGUCUUGUUAAAAUAUGCAAGGGCGUCUCUGAGAGAAAAGGCAGCAAAUUCUGCUUGGCUUCCAUUUCUUCCAAAAAAAAUACCUGAAACACCUGAUUUAUCAUUUGUGAGAUGGUUCAUCCCAGAUGCCUUUGAGCCCAGACAUGUCAAUGGAACUUCUGGACAUUGUUAACAUAGGGCUUCCUUUUAGCACAGUGCAGUUUUCACUGGCUUUUGUGGCUGUAACUAUGUGGCUAUCUAACUAUUGUGGUACUUGACAAAGGUUUGCCACAGUAGUCUUGAGCCUAUGUAGUGAUAUCAGCUUGAUUAACUGAUUUGCAUGCUUUUUAAAAUUAACAUCAAGACCAAAAUCAUCUUCACGCACAGCAAAAUUCCAGAGUUUAACGCAGAAAAUUUAACGCACAGAGUUAAAUUUACCUAGUUCAGAGUGUCUUUGGUCUCUGUUACCAAACAGGUUGGCAAUAAGUAAAGCUGCUGUUUGUGGAGUUGCUUAAAGAUCCUCUGCUGAGAUGUUGAGAGAUUCAGUGUUUUAUAUUUCAGCUGAUUUGAUCUAAGGUUGUGACUGAAGUUGGUUAUAGUUCUGUGUUUCUGUAUAUUAUCUUCAAUCAUCACCUAGUUUAUCCCUUCAUUGUUUUAUUAACCUGAGAAAAUUUAACUCAGUUUAGAGAUGGACCAAAUACUAUCUUGAGUAAAUGCUACUCUGGGAUUUUGCUGUGUGAUGGCUUCUGCAAACAAAACAUCUUUAACUCAACGUCUUUACCUCUGUUUUCACAUUUCAGUACAAACUUUUUGUGUUUGUGAGGAUAAAUAGUGUUGAUCGUUAUUUCAAUGUCAAGGAUGGGCAGAGAAAUAUUGAUACUAGGACUGUUGGUUAAUACUUCAGUGAGAAGUUUCACCAUUGUUUGUAUGAAACAGUCAUCAUCAUGACAUUACUAUAAUUACCCAUAAUUUCCUUAUAUUCUUAAAGGGAUAGUUCACCCAAAAAUUAAAGUUUACUCACUGUUUACUCACUCUGAAGUGGUUUCAAACCUUUUUUUUAUUUUGUUUAACGCUAAAUUAGUUAUUCUGAAGGAAUCUGAAAAUCCUGUAACCACUGACCUCCAUAGUAUGAAGCACACAUGCUGUAGAAGUCAGUAGUUAAAGGCUUUCAGCUUUCUUCACAAUAUCUGCAUUUGUGUUUAACCAGUCAGACAGGCUUGGAGCUUAAAUAGGAAACAGUGAAUAAGAGCGAUUUCAGAUUUAGUCCAAGACCAACCAAACCUGCCUCAAAGCCUCGUGUUUAUUCAACACAUAUACAAAUAUAAAGAACACUGUGACCUGUUUGACAGAAAAAUGUCCUAAUUUUCAGAGAAAUGUACAGUAUUAUGUCAAUAAAAUCACUUCAUUUGCAGAA